CCCCAGCCCUGCCUGAGCCACAUGGCUUUGUUAUGUUAAUGACUGGGUAUAAAAUGAGGGAGCAGCUCCCCCACAGACAUCAGAGCUAACACUGCCGUCCAGAAGAAGCUGCUCACUUCACCUGCACAGACAUGGCUCCCUGCUCCACCAACUUCUCCUCUGUUCACCACAUCAGGAUCUCUGAGAGAGACAACAUCAAAUUGAGAAAACCCCUCGUGGAGAAAAUGCGCAGAGAUCGCAUCAACACUUGCAUCGAGCAGCUCAAGAUGAUCCUGGAGAAGGAGUUCCACAAGCAGGAGCCCAACUCCAAGCUGGAGAAAGCCGACAUCCUGGAGAUGACUGUGAGCUUCCUGAGGCAGCAGCUGCAGCCGGGCCUCCGUCACAGCACGGACUACAACCAGGGCUACUCUCACUGCUGGAGGGACUCUGUGCACUUCCUCUCCGCAGGAUCCAACACGGAGGCCUCCGUCACUCCUCUGCGCGGCCUCCAGCAGCAGGAGAAGCGGCACCAUCAGGCCCAGAGAACCAGCAGCUUCUCCACAGUCUGCUCCACCCUCAGGCCCACCACGCUGCAGGACAGCAGCAGCAGCAGAGGCCCCGUGUGGAGGCCCUGGUAGAGACUCUGACACUCAGACUCUGAGAGACCUGAGGGGAGCUGCUCUCUCCCUCACUAUGUAGGAAAUAUGUUUCCAGCCUGCUUGUUAUCGGUGGGUUUCUUUAUUGUCUCAUCACAUUGAUGGACAAGUAGUAAAAGCGAAGGCUCUCACUUAUUUGAAGAUUGUCCUGCUUUGACUUUGAUUCACACCCGAUGUUUGCUUUUCCUCUGUGUUUAAAGCUGGUUGAUUUUGAGUGAUGAUGGUUUGGUCAAAUCUUUUGAAAUGACUGUUUACUCCAGUGGAGUUUAUCUUUGGACUGCUCGAUGUAACAGUAUAUGUAUCUGACAUACUGAGUUAUACUGAGAAUAUUUCUCUUCUGUGUUGAAUUAUCUAUGCCAAAUUUGAAGAUGAUGAUGAUGUUGGUGUGUGUGUGUGUGUGUGUGUGUGUGUGUGUGUGUGUGUGUGUGUGUGUGUGUGUGUGUGUGUUUGUGUGUGUGUGUGUGUUUGUGUGUGAGCGAAUGCAGUUGGAUCUCCAUAUUAACAUUUUUUGAUGGGAUGUCUUUAUUACUGUUUUGCUAUCACACUUUUGGCUCUUA